AGACAGAGGAGUUGUCACACGGAUGUAGUCGCUUGCGAGGUGAGGUUGAAAACAAAUAUGUGUGGCAGUAUCAUUUUCGUGCGGUCCAAUUUCCCACGCGGCCAUUGCCUGUCGGACGUCGGCUGAACUCCUGCUCCGCUCUGUUUUACACGCUCCGCUGCCUCUGCGGACAGCAGCAGUCAUGGAGUACACCCUCGACAUCCAGCUGACAGAGUUGGGCUUCCCGGACGUCCUGCGGCCGGAGGACACCUCAGACGGGCAAACCCCGACUGACGAGCCCUCUGACCUCUCCGCGGGCACCCCCAGGCGGUCCAGCAGGAAGUGCUCCGCGCCCCGGCGUCUGCCGGAGACGGCCCCCCGCAGGAAGCCCGGCCGCGCGGAGGGUCCAGGCGGGGGGAGCGUGGACGGGUCACCGGGGGAGGACCCCCCCACAGAGACCGGGGAUGGACAGGCAGCCGAGGAACAGCCGGCACACACGGACACCUCGCAGGAGGUGGAAGAGGUGGAGGAUGACUCGGAUGACAGCGAGGUAUCCGAGAUGUAUGAGGAUGAUGAUGAAGAAGACGACGACGAGGAGGAGGAGCUGACCAACGAAACAAGUAACUCAGGUGACCAUCGCUGCAGCGUCUGCGAUCUACAGCUGCCCUCCAAAUUUAAGCUACAAGACCACAUGAACCUGCACACGGGGGCGCGUCCCUACUGCUGCGCUGAGUGUGGGAAGCGCUUCUGCCAGAUCCACAACUACCGCCUCCACCUGCGCACGCACGCCAAGAUCAAAGCCGAGCGCCACUGGUGCCGCAUCUGUCUGACUGGCUUCGAAUCGCAGGAGCAUCUGAAGCGCCACCUGUCCAGAACUCACUUUGAGGACACGUUCUACGAGUGCGACCUGUGCAAGCGCGUGUUCACCUGCCUGAAGACCUGCGAGCGCCACGUGCAGCUACACAAAAGUGUGGUGAACAUAGCGUGCGAUGGGUGCGGCCGCAGCUUCCCCUCGGAGAAGUCCCUCGCGCGCCACCGGAAGAAAAGGUGCCUUCGGAUUUUCAAGUGCACCGAUUGCACAAAGACCUUCACCAAAAAGAACACCCUCCUGAAGCACAGCUUCUCCCACCUGGGCCUGCUGCCUUACACCUGCGUGCGCUGCCGCUGCCACUUCCGCCUGGCGAAGCUGUACCGCCUGCACAAAUGUGAGCCCCAGCGCCUGCACUGCGUGGCGUGCCUGCGGGAGUUCCUCAGCCAGGAGGAUUUCCAGCAGCACAAAAAGGACACGGGCUGCUGGGGCAACCAGGAGCCCCACCAGAGGAGGGACGAGAUCCGCUGCCUAGAGUGCGGGCAGAGGUUCGACACUCCGGAGGAGCUGAAGAAGCACGCGGGCGCUCACCAGAGGGUGCUGAGGUGUGCCGAGUGUGGGAAGGGCUUCCGCUCGGCCUUGCUGUUGAUGUCCCACAUGGGCGGCCAUGCCGGCAAGUCGCCCUGCUUGUGUCAGACCUGUGGGCUGGGCUUCCCUCACCAGCAGAACUACGACGGCCACCUGAAGACCUGCGGGCAGCCGUCCCAGCCAGCGAAUGUUCCCAGGAAGAGCCAGACCUUGAAGAGCGCUUUGCCUGGGAUAAAUCUGGGGAAAAAGUCAAAGCCAGAUUCCGCAAAUGUUUCAGGUAGUGUUGUGAACAGCCCCGCUGCCCCGGCAAAGGACUCCGGUGGUCCUGGAGUUGUGGCAAGAAGUCUGCCUGCUGGCUCAGGACCGUCACAUAGGUUGUGGAGUCUAACUCUUGAUAAAAAGGUGCCUCUGGGCCUGAACUUCGUCGUUUUUCUUCCUGUCGGCCCAAAUAGCGGGCUUUCCAUUCCCCCUGCUGUCUCUCAGACUCUACCGGUGGCAGCUGUGCGGCCUCAGCCUCAGCCGCCUGCUUCUCCAGGGUCAAACAACGUCCUGCUGGGAGUGAGUGCUGCUGCUGGGGCCUCACUGACCGCCCCCCUGCAGUUGUCAACAGGGUCUGCGAAGGGCAACGCGGCACCAUUAGAUUUGUCUAAGAAACAGAGCUCAUCCGAACCUGCAGGGUCCAACAUUCCUUGUCUUCCGGUUAAAAGUGAGCCAGUGGAUUUUGAAAUCUCAGGUCAGGCCAACGGUACAGAAAUACAGCAGGCUCAAAGCCAUGGCAGCUGCAAAAAGAUCACUGAAACGGACGCAGAGCAGUUCAAAAUGGGCCCCAUGGCUGGCCCUGCGUUGCACAUAAAGAAAGAACCUCAGUCCCCGAGUCCUGAUCCUGAUGCACUGUCAUCCACAUCCAUCCAGCCGUCCGACAGGCCGGACAAAGAAAUUAAGAUUGAGGUCUGACAAUUCAGGCUGUGUGUUCUACUGGAAGGCUUUGAACACAGUUAGGAUGGACAAAAGUCUCUAUUAGACCCCUACACAUUUAUCUGGCAAUAAUCGUGGACACGUCUAACCAAAAAUAGCACUGAUAUUACACCAUAGCCUGCACUGGCUAUGGUGUGCAUUUUGCUGUAUUAACACAUCGACUGUUAUGUGAUGUGACUUUAUGGAGGGAUUUUUUUCUGCUGUCACUGGUCACUAGCAUGAAUAGACUGUAAAGUGUCUGUGAUGGUGACUGUUCAGCGUGAUUUCUUUUUUCAUCUGAUCUAUAAAACAUUCCACAUUAUUUUUAUUUGUAUGUUUUUUGUACUCUGGGUGGAGCUGAAUGGGAUGUUGGGGCCUUUGCUGUAUCCUGCAGGAACUUUCUGUGCAUUAAUAAAUACUCCUGCCAUCUCUUCCUUUUAUUUGGCUGGGAAACAAA